AUGAAUUCUUUCCUGCUCACAAUCAGCUUCUUUGCUUGUCAGCUUUUCACUUCGGUGAUUAGUACAUGUCCUACUGGUACAGCCAUUGACGCGUAUGAUUAUUGCUUCUAUCCAUUCCCCGAUCCGAUGACUCAAGGAGAAUAUCUCCAAACCAACUACGAGGAUGCAAAGCGAAACUGUGCCUCUUCUGUGGCUGGCUUUCUUCAAAAUGGACUCUGGGGAAGCGCUUGUUGGUUCAGCUCGCAAUAUUUCAACGGAUCAUUCUGGGCUGGUAUUCACAAAGCUGACAAUGGCACAUGGACCUACAGCGAUGGUGCAUACCUUGAUGAAAACAAUUGGGCAUAUGGUUUCCCAUCAGAUGAUCACUCGUGUGCUGUCGCAAAUCGAGUAGGUGAAUGGGAAUCGGUUGAUUGCAGUACAUCACACUAUUUUCUCUGCCUGAUACCGUCGACGACCAAUGUCAAUAAG